ACACUUCAAAAAUAUCACAAGUUUGGUUGUUUGUGUCAAAAGGUUGCCCAAGUAAACGUAUCAGCUGUGCUAUUUUCGUUGGGCGAGUCGAAUGUUCGCCCAAGCCCAUGCUCAAAUCCAAACUCCUAAAGCCGCCGCCGCCGCCGCCUUCCUAUGCUUCUCCUUCUCGCCACCGGCACCACCGUAUCCUCUCUCUGCUCAAGCAAUGCACCACCCUCCGAUGCUUCAAGCAGAUCCACGCCCACAUGCUCACCCUCGCCGUCCGCAAGCCCAACGACCUCCUCGCCAGGCUCCUCCUCCUCGGCGACCUACCCUACUCCCUCCUCCUUUUUUCCCAGAACCCCCGCCCCAACGACUUUUCCUUCAACCUCGUGAUCCGCGCCCUUGUCACUCUCUACUCACGCUUUCCUCUCGCCCUCGAGUUCUACCUCCGCAUGCUCCGCUCCGGCCUACGGCCCGACCACUACACCUUCCCCUUCGUUCUCCUCGCCGCCGCCAACCUCCAGUCCUUGUACCACGGCCUCGCCGCCCACGCCUCCAUCGUCAAGCUCGCCCUUCAAGACGUCGACCACGUCCAGCACUCUCUGCUCACCAUGUACGCGCGGUGCGGCCAGGUGGGCCUCGCCCGCAAGCUGUUCGAUGAAAUCGCCGUGAGAGAUUCGGUCUCCUGGAAUUCGAUGCUUUCAGGGUACGCGAAGAUGGGUUGCGCCGGGGAGGCGGUGGAGCUGUUCCGGAGGAUGCGAUCAGAAGGACUGGUCGAGCCGGACGAGGUCACUCUGGUGAGUGUCUUGGCGGCGUGCGGGGACUUGGGGGACGUGAGCUUGGGCAUGUGGUUGGAGGAGCUGGUGGGGGAGUAUGGAUUGGUCCUGAACUCGUUUCUUGGGUCGUCAAUGAUUGAUAUGUAUGGUAAAUGCGGGGAUUUGGACUCAGCAAGGAGGGUUUUUGAUCGACUGGCAAAGAAGGAUUUGGUUGCAUGGAACGCAAUGAUCACAGGGUAUGCUCAGAAUGGUCUAUCGAAUGAAGCCAUUAAAUUAUUUCACACCAUGAGGAAGAAAGGGAUUGAACCUGACAAAAUCACAAUUGUAGGUGUUCUAUCAGCUUGCGCUUCGGUUGGGGCACUAGAGCUAGGCAUGUCCCUUGAUGCAUAUGCGUCAAGAAAUGGCCUAUAUAAUAAUGUUUAUGUCGGAACAGCUUUGGUUGACAUGUAUGCAAAAUGUGGAAAUUUAGUUCGAGCUAUGGAAGUCUUCGAAAACUUGCCUCACAGGAACCUAUUCACAUGGAAUGCUAUCAUCUCCGCUUUUGCUUUCAAUGGGCAAGGCGAAGAGUCUAUUUCGUUGUUCUCCCAGAUGCUUGCUGAUAAGCAAGGGCUUCUACCUGAUGAUAUUACGUUCAUAGGUUUACUUUCGGCAUGUGUACACUCAGGCUUAGUUGAUGAAGGCCGUCGUUGGUUUGGUCUCAUGCAGUCAACGUAUGGAAUUGUUCCAAAGAUUGAGCAUUAUUCCUGCAUGGUCGACCUUUUUGCACGUGCUGGACUAUUGGAAGAAGCAUGGGAGUUCCUGGAGAAAAUGCCUCAAAAACCUGAUGCAGUUGCCUUAGGAGCUAUGCUUAGUGCUUGUCGCUAUCACAAGAAUGCGAAAAUAGGAGAGAAAAUUGCAAAGAGGAUCCUUGAAUUGGAGCCUUCAAACUCAGCAAACUAUGUCAUUUCUUCUAAAAUGUUUGCAGGCUCAAAGAGAUGGAAGGAUUCAGCCAGGAUGAUAGGGCUCAUGAGGGAGAGGGGCGUAGCGAAGACUCCUGGUUGCAGCUGGAUCGAGGUCAGUGACCAAGUCCAUGAAUUCCAUGCAGGUGACAGGAUGCAUCUCAGAGCUACAGAGAUUUUUGAUAUGAUUGACUUAGUAGUUGAUGAGAUGAAGAUGGAAGGUUACCCUCCAAAGAUUGACUAAAUUAGCUGGUAUAGACCAAUGCAUGUAGUAAUUGCUCUUUAGCGAAGGGUAAUCCUCAGGUUUUAGCCAUCCUAGAAAUUUUUAUCUGAAGGAAUAUGAUCUAUUUUGAUAGCUGAACUGGGUUAAUAUUUAACCUAGGCUCACAAUUACAGCAUUAAGGAUGAAAAGUGAGCAUGCCUGAAAGAGUUGUAGAGCAGCAACUGAUGUGGAAUUACUCUUGUUAUGUAAAUUAUAGAGGUAGCUGCUAUGCUACUAAUCAUUUGAUAUCAAAGAAAAUUGAAGCAUACCUGAAAAGUUUGAAACUGAUGGCUGCAAUGAGAUAAGAGAAUAAAAACUAUGCCCUUUGAAAUUCUAACUUCUGUUGCUGAUUAUUCAGAAAAAUCUCCUUGCUCCUUGACUUGGAUAAACAUCAUACUUGUGAUUUCCAGAAUUCAAAUUUGUGAUCACAUUCUCAGCGGCCUCAGAGAUCAGAUCCACUACUUGCCCAGAAGGAUCCUAAACCUUACAUAACCCAAGAUUGUCUGAUACAAUGCCGCUUCAAUCAGAAUCUACUUAUCGCCAUCAAGCAAGCACCUGUUACGUUUUUGUAGUUCUCUAACUACAUUUUGCUGAGCAAGCUGCAAUGUGACUCUCCAAUUCUGGGGAUUUCUAACUUCAUUGGAGACGCAAGGACACCAACCAUGAGUUCCGCAAUCAUGCUUACCGAUACGGCCACCUCAGCCGCCGAAGAAAUUAUAAGCAGUAUGGAAACGUAUGAGCAAUCUCACACAGACAAAUGUUGCGAGAGAAUGGUUUCUCAUGGCCAUAAAUUUUGGUUUCUUCUGUUCAUUUGGUUUUAGUUAUUUGUAUUCAUUUUAUCUUUAACAGUGGUAUAAACUUGUACAGUUUGUUUGAUAUAAGAGCUUGAUAUUUCC